AUGAAACACGAUAGCAUUUUGUUUCGAUAUCAAUUACCAGAACGUAACAAUAGUGACAGGUUAAUUAAUUACCCAACAUAUACUCAGAGAACGUUUGUUGGUCCCGAUAUUCCCGGAUUUCUUCUGCAACCUUUCAGAAAACCGAAAAGGAUAAGGACGGCCUUCAGUCCUUCUCAACUGCUGAAGUUAGAACACGCAUUCGAAAAAAACCAUUAUGUGGUCGGAGCUGAAAGGAAACAAUUAGCCCAAUCGCUAUCACUCACGGAAACUCAGUUUGCGCGCGCACCACCCCAUCAACUAUCAAUUUCACACGUUCGCGACUAUUAUCAUAAUAAAGCUCGCUUUCCCCCUUGCAACGCACAAAGGGAACAAAUGCGAUUCGCUGUACCAACCCUCUCUUUUGAUAGCAGUCGCCAUCUUUUGUUUUCGACGGUGUUACAUCUGUUUGCCAUGAAUACGUUGAUCCGGUACAUCACAAAGAAAAUUAGAGAUGUAUUUACAUUGUCUGAAAUUAAUAUGCGUACUUGCGUAGCACCAUUUUCAUUUACGUUAUUAAUAGCGAGAUUAAUCAAGUGGGAUGGUCCGGUAUCGCGAGUGGGAUCUCGGCCUCCUAUUCGACGGAAAGGCCAUUAUACAGAAGAAGAAGAAGAAGAGGAAGAAGAAGAACAGAAAGAAGAAAAGGUAUUUAAAUUAAACAAUAUUGCUAUGGAUUUCCUCUAUGUAGCUUUUCCUGUUCUUCUUAUUGUUCUUUCAAGGAGGUUUAUUUCACACUGUUUCAUCAGCAACCUGCCACUUGGCGGACACACAGAACUGACUUUUCUUCUUCUUCUGUAUAAUGGCCUUUCGCUAUCUCCAGUACCAGUUAAGGUGUGGUUUCAGAACCGACGGACGAAGCACAAAAGGAUGCAGCAGGAGGAGGAGGCCAAAACGAGUCAGGGUGGUAAGAGCGGAACCCCGAACUCCAACAACGCUCACCACAUAAACAAGUGGAAGGAGGAGACCGGGGAGGAUCAGUACGGGGAGUACAUCGACAUGGACAUGGAGGACGACUGCAUCAGUGAUGUGGAAAGUGAAUCGUAGAAACGAUGCAAUAUCCCCCCCCCUGUACAUUAAAUCCGCGACUUAAUCCGAAGUUACAGACAGAGAUUUGAGAAGUGAUAGUGCCAAUUCGAGACGUGCCAAACUGUAUGUAUAUUAGUGCCAAUUAUUAAGUCCUGUUGUUAUAGCUUGAUCCCAGUGUAAAUACGAGGUUAUUUAUUUCUUUAUACGAAAUUUUAAAUAUUUAUUUUCCUUUGUAUUAUAUUAAAGUAUUAUCGUCAUUUGUAGAUGUGCUAAAAUACAAUUGGUCCCGUCUUAUUUUUGAAUCCUUUCAAGUACUUAUUCCUAAACAAUUGUUUUCUGUGAUGUUUGUAAAUAUUAUUUUUUUAUUAUUUUAACAUAUCUACACAAUAUUGUAAUGAGUGUUGUAUAUCUGUUUGUUGAUAUGCAUUUUUUACUGUAUGUACAUUUUUCCAAAGUACCUUUUUUAAUUGCUUCGCGUCGAACAAUUUGCCGUGAAAAUAAUUAAAAAAAUAUAUUAGAAUAUUAUUGUAGAAUUGCGAACCAUGUU